AUGGCCUUGUUUCGGAGCUCUCGCACCCUCACAACACAGGUCCGCGGAUUCGCAUCUUCCUCGUGCCUGAGGGUUGGACCGGAAUCCCCAAAUUUCAUCGAAGUGCCGCGAACCAUCCAGCCAGAUCUCCCCUCAAAGCCUCAGGUGAAGGGUACCCUUCCCGUGCCCCGAGAGAUCUUCCCGGCCCGUCGCGUGGAUAAGCCAACAGAGGCGUACAUCAACGAUGCGACUCCCUUGCCUUCGAGAGAAUUGAACGUCUCGCCCGAUGACCCUCAUGUCGAGUACAAUGUCUGGAAACGGAAGAUGGCAGAGGCCAGGCGAAAGAAUCUACGACAGGGUCUGCUGGAAUUGCACCGCCGGAAACAGAGAACAGAUCGAUUGAUGGAGAAGCGAAGCCGCGACAAGCAAGUGCAGAGAGAACGAAUCCUGUCACAGCCGGAGCGCGAAGAUGAGCGUCUGACGCGGCCAUCCAUUGUCCAGGCGAUGCAGCCUGUACGGACACCGAUCCUGCCUGAUCCGGACCGUGAGGCCCGUCUGGCCAGAUCUCGGGCGCUGCUGGAGAUCAAGGAGGCUGAGAAGAAGGCCGAGAGACAGGACUACGUCCACUCGCUGUAUAUGAAUGCACGGAAAUUCAUCACUACGGAAGCCCAGCUCGCCGCUGAGAUCGAGCGGGUGUUCCCCGAGGGCGAGAACGACGCAUGGCGCAACGAUCACCAGCCAGGCGAGAAUAUCUGGAACCUGGGUGUACCCCCUACCAUCCAGUCGAGCGUCAACGAUGCGAAGAAGAGCGAGGCUGCUCGGUGGGACGUUAUCCAAGGCCGUGUCAAGAAGCUGGGAGAACAGAUUACGGGUGGAAAGCUGUGA